GGAAUAAACAUGGGUUUAUACACCAAGGAUAACCCACGAAAAUCUGAAGACCUAUUUUUAGUGACGGUCCUUUUCGUGGUGCACUGCGCUCCAUAUUUAUUUUGAAGAGUGUCAAAGGUCAAAGGUGCAAAAAAUACAAAACAAAAACAGCGAACAUGUGAAGUUGAUAACGCGUUCAUAGAAUUUAGGAAAUCUAAAUUGGCUAAUAAUAUUUAGUUGGCUAGGCCUAGCGCAAUAUAUGAUUUGAAGGAAAAAUGGAAAAUAAACUGUUCAAUAAGUGGCUAGAUACAACUUUGCAUUCAUUUUCUAGAAAACUAUCAGAUGUGCAGAAAUGUCAUGCCUUGGACUCACUUAUCCAAGUCUGUGGACCUAUUCAGUUGCACUACCUUUCCAAAGAACUUCCAAACUUUGUGAAGAGAGACUUUCUGAAAUUGCUACCCCUUGAACUUUCAUAUCAACUCAUCAAGUGGCUGGAUUUUGAUUCUUUGAAUACAUGCUGCCUUGUGAGUAAACACUGGAAUUGUGUCAUAAAUGGCUGUUUAGAUGUCUGGCUGGAUGCAUGUGGAAGGCUUGGCCUAAACAUGAAAUAUGGUGGUUUUGAAAAAAGUGCCAGCUAUUGGAAGAGAAUGUCCCACUACUUUUCAUAUAAGCUGAAGUCUCUGAAAGACGGAACUGCCUUCUCAACGCAAGAGUUACAUGGGCAUAAACAGCGAAUCACUGCACUCUACCAUGCAGAUGGAUAUCUAGCUUCAGGAUCAGAUGAUUUGUCAGUUUGUAUAUGGAAUAUACAUAAUGGAAGGUGUGAGAAGAUCAUCCAGACACACAGCUGUGCAGAUCUCAAAUUUGAGGAAACCACUCUUGUAACUGCUUCUUUCAAUUGUUCUGUUGGAUUAUGGAAUAUGGAGACAGGUCGUAACAUUAGGAUGUAUGUUGGGCACACAAGUGUAGUUUCUAGCAUAGACUUUGAUGUUGCUGCUGAAAUAAUAGUGAGUGGCUCAGCAGACAAAACAGUUAAAAUCUGGUCACUGAAAUCAGACAAAUGUCUUAAUACAUUUUAUGGCCAUCAAGACUGGGUCACAAAGGUGAUGCUAAAGAAUAGCUCUGUGGAUUCAGUUUCCCAUUGUGAAGGAGCUUUAGUGCUAUUGGGAAUGGAUAGAGAUAAUAUUAUCAAGGUGUGGCCAAUAUCAAGUGAAAGUAACAAUUGUCUAGGAACAUUACAUGUGCCUGCUGGCCACAAAGCUGUAACUUACCCCCUUCUACCUCAUCUUCAAUUUGAUGGUUCCAAAGUUGUAUGUGCAUGUCAAAGGGGAAUCCAUAUAUGGAACUUUCAAAACCUACAAUAUGAAAGAUUUAUUUCAUCUGACACAGACAUUCAACUUCUUUUAGGUUAUGGACUAAAAUUUUAUUUUAUUCUGUCGGGUGAUAAUGAUGUCCUUGUACGAUACAAAAACAACCAUAAAAUACUGACACGAUGGAAACAUCCUUACACAUAUAUUCUAGGCCGAUCUUCAAGCUACACAGCAGCCAGAUGCAAAGAUUGGCUGGAUGGCUGGAAUCUUUUUCCAGAGAGUGGUCUUGUGUUUGCCUCCGGUGGACAUAGUAUUAUAUACCUAGUUAAAUGGAUAUUGUCAUAAUAGUUUUUUUUAUGUAAGCAGCA